UAUUAAUUAGAGUGAGUGGGAGUGGAUACCAGUACAGGAGAUGGUACUGACUGCUCUUAGAAAGGUCACCUUUCAUUGUGAGGCUAAUCAAGCUGCUUUUAUUACAAUGGGCGGAUCCUCUCUGGUAGUUAAGUUAUGUAAAUACGACCAGAACAAAUAUCCACCAGAGACUACUGAAAGGCUAAGAGAGCUGGUGGUUGAUAAACUACUAAUAGCAGCUGUCCUUCCUGUCAAUAAAGACGAGAAGAAAAUAACCUCCUCCAUUUUUCCAGUCCUCUCUCACUUUGAAGCUAUAGACUAUCCGCUGUACUACGUUGAUAUAGCCAAUGAAGACAAGACCUGGGUUACUGAUAUACUAGUGAAGGAAGGUCUGGGUGUUGCUGCUAGUCCUAAUCGGAGUUUUUUAGACUCUGAGAAUCUUUCCUGGAUCGUGGCUAGAGGGACUCACGUGUCUGGUUCUAAUAGUCUUUGGUUGAAUUUCUCUGUCGACAAGAAACCUGAUAAUGUGAAGGAAAUGGUCGACUCGUUACUUAAACUGCCACACCCUUCCUCCAUGGAGUCUCCGCCCAUUCCCCUCCCCCUCUCAUUCGGAGUGUAUGCAGUGUGGAGUGAGGGGGUCUGGUACAGAGGGUGGCUACUGAACGAUGACUCAAAAGAGAAGAGAAGUGACCACACCUUUUUAUGUCUUGAUUAUGGUUUUGAAGUCUCAGUACCUUUGAACCAUGUGAUGGUCCUUCCUGAUUCUUGUCGUGGGAUUGCUCCACAGGCUGCUCCCUGUAUUCUACUGGGAAUGGACUCUCCUCCAAAGAGUUACACAAUAUUGAGACAUACAGCAGCUAUACUGGGUAACAUUGCUUUUGAGAAGGAACUGUACAGAAGAGAGAUUAAAGUAACUGGAGGAGUCACUUUACUGCUGGAG